GAAGGAACUGCUCCCAGAGAAUAGAUAAAGCAUUACAGUAGCUCUCAAAAGAUAAGAUACCGCUGGUGGGAGAAGGGAAUUUUUCAUCUGCUGCUGGUUUUGCCUCUGCUUCCAACAUUGUUGCCACUUCUCUCGAUUCAAAAGUAUAAAUGGAGCACAUGCAUACGCACGGUACUGCAUGCUCUCGCCACAUGGGAAUGGAAGAAUUGGAUCAACGGGAGUAUUGUGGUGGGGGUGGGAAGGAGGAGACCAAAUGGAUAAAGCAUUACAGCAGCUCUCAUAGGAUACUGCUUGUGGGGGAGGGCAAUUUCUCAUUUGCAGCUUCCCUUGCCAACGCUUUUGGCUCUGCUUCCAACAUUUUCGCUACUUCUCUCGACUCCAAAGAUGAUGUAAUGCGGAAGCAUCCAAGUGCGAGAGGCAACCUGGAAAGACUGGAGAGCCUGGAAUGUACCAUUAUUCAUGAAGUGGAUGCCCACACCAUGAGCCUUCACCCCUCCCUCUCCCGUCUCCCCUUCGACAGAAUUGUGUUCAACUUCCCCCACGCUGGCUUUAUACUCCCAGAACACAAUCAGAUCCAAAUUCGGCUUCACCAGAAGUUAGUGAAGGGGUUCUUUGGGAGUGCAGGGAAGAUGCUGGCUGAGGGAGGAGAAGUGCACGUGACCCACAAGACGACUUAUCCAUUUAGCGAGUGGAAGAUAGAGGAGCUGGCAGGGGAGUGUGGGCUGAGCCUGGUUGAGAGGGUGGAGUUCUGUAUAUGGGAUUAUCCAGAUUAUAAGAACAAAAGAGGAGCUUCUCCUCGCAGCGACGGGGCAUUUCCCGUUGGUCAAUGUUCUACUUUUAAGUUUUCCAAAAGCAUGUCGGCGCUGAUUACUUAAUUAAACCCCCCUACCUAACCCCUUUCCAUUCUCAUUCCCAUCCAUCUAUGUUUGUUUAACAACAUAUAUAUAUAUGUCAGCCUAUGGAUUUUUUCAGCA